AUGGAUGAAGUUAUCGUGCCAAAGGUCGAGAGCGCCCUCAAUCCCGUCACUGCAUUGGCUUUUCUAGCACUCGGUACCUCCAAACCCUAUCUACUUGCGGGCGAGGGCCAAUUUCUCAAAGUCUUCGACUACAAAAGAGGAACGUUGAUUCGUACGGAGCAGAUAUUCAACUCGCAGGCAAUUCAUGGCAUUGUCUGCAAAUCCUUGCCGGAAGAUGCCGGAAAUAAUGGAACCUGCCUCAUCUGGGGUGGCCGAUCCAUCUGUCUUAUCUCCAUCGAAGCAGAUCUUAAUAUAAACGGGAAACCCUUGGUCAAAACUCAUCAACACAUGCCGGAAGUCCUCUGGGAUGAUUGGAUCCUCGAUGCCUGCUUCCGACACCCCAAUGUUACCGACAGCGGAUCUGGAAAGAACACUGUCGAAGCCAUCCUCGUGACCGCACACAAUGAUUUACUAUGUCUAAAAUUCGUUGAAGAAUCCGCAGAAACGAGAGAAACCCGCUCCCUCUACCGUAUCGCUUCAGGACCCAGUUCGAUUCUGUACUCCGCGCACAUGCUUUGGGCGGAUGCUGGCCCACGCCUUCUCGUCGCUGCGGGUACGGUAUUCGGAGAGGUCUUGCUAUGGUCGUUUACUUCUGAUCCUUCUGUAUCUCCGGAGGUCAAGUUGCACUAUAGAUUUACUGGACAUGAGGGGUCGGUCUUUGGAGUCAGGAUAUCAGAGGUGGCGCAGACUGGUGCUGUGAAACGUAUCUUGGCCAGCUGCAGCGAUGAUAGGACCAUCAGGACAUGGGACAUAUCGGACACAAGCAGCAGUGAAAAGGUGGAACGGUUGUCAGAUGGAGAACUCAACAACUCCGAAGCUGGCUUCCUAGAUGAAACCAAUGAAGUUAACUCGAGUGGAUGCCUGGCUAUGAUAAUGGGCCACGCUUCCCGGAUCUGGGGCUUGCGUUUCCUGAUCCAGAAAGACGGAUGUUGGGACUUGAUCUCCUACGGAGAAGACAGCACCGCACAAAUCUGGCGUGUGAGUCCUGUUCUUGAUAUUGGCCGAUCAAUUUGGACGCCUCACAAUCAUGUUUAUCGAUUGAGCCAUCAGACUACAUACUCAUUUCACUCUGGAAAAAACGUAUGGGCAAUGGCAGUCUUCCGAAAAUCUGGUACGGAGUGUAUUGUUGCUACUGGCGGAGCUGACGGACGUAUCACAGCGUACAAGCCCCUUCUGCAUGGAAUGCCUACGCGGACGGGUGCUUGGACGAGCCAGUAUACGAUGGAUGAGGUUUCGAAGACCUUCCAGACCACAUCGAGUAAACCGAGUCCAACACAAGCAGGCAAAGCAAAAUCCUCAACAGAAAACAUUUUUGACUCUCUCAAAGGCUCUUGGAAGCUCACACGAAAUCUUGACAGUCUUAUGUCAGCCUAUCCUUCUGGAAAACUGGAUGGUAGAGCCAAUUUCGCCGAGAGACCGCCUACAGACAGUAUUUUCGAUGCUGAGUAUCUAUAUUCCGAGAGUGGGGAUUUCAUUACUCAGCAAGGCCUGACGAUGAGGGCAACUCGUCAGUAUGUGUAUCGGUAUAGCAGGAUGACCGAUGCGAUCAGUGUGUGGUUUGUGAAAUUGGAUGAUGGUAGCGCUGUAGACUACCUCUUCCAUAAGCUGGACUUUCGAGAAACGGAUCUCGGUGUCGAUCCGAGCCCUGAAGUUUGGUCCGCAAGCGGAUAUCAUCUUUGUGUUGAGGACAACUACAACGCUGAUUACUCUUUUCAUUUCAGAGAUUCGAAGAUUAUACAGUGGCAUGCGGUAUUCGAUGUUGAUGGGCCUAAGAAGGACUAUAUGGCUAAGGCUACGUAUACGCGCGAUCAAGCAGAGAGUUUGGAACCUGAAGAGCCUGAAUAUGGGAUUUCGCCAUCCAUGAGUAAGAAUGCCCUAGGCAACCAAAGUAGACAAAAGAAGCCAGACGCUUUCAAGACCUACACGUGGAUCAAAGAAAAUGAGGUCCUGACUACCACUGAGCAUGGAAACCUUCUGGUCGGCACCUUUAUCUCUAAUGCAGAAGCAAGCAACCUGGAUGGUUGUCGGAAUGUGAUUUGGGAGCACGUUGGUUACCACACGAGUUUAACUUCGUCUUGCAUUGCAACGGCUAUCCCCUCUCUUGGGAUAGCCCUGCUGACAGGCACCGACGGCACAAUUAAUUUGUACAAUCAUCGCAGCAGAGAGAUUGAUGCCAUUGGCAAGCUCACCGGCAAAGCGGGCUUUCUCAAGGCCCAUAGUCUUCACGAGCCGUGGAAGAGGUGGUUGCGACUGAGCCACCAAAGAGAGAUUACAGGGGUGCUUGCCACAUGCCUUGGCUCUUCUCAGGCAACUGUGUUCAUGUUCUCGCCAGAACUGCAUCCUGAUGGCCAGUUAACGAAAGAAGAGGCAGGCGUUCCAGCAAUCCACGAAUACUGUCUUACCCUGCAACCAAAGUUCAUAGUAACAAGUUCUUGCUUCCUCGAAACUGAAAAAUGGAUCAUCCUAGGCUCCCGCAACGGAGAUAUAGCGAUAUACGACCUGACACACACCACACCGAAUUCGGCAGUUGAUGUCACCCCCGACUGCUUCCAAAGAAUCCAUGGCGAAGACGCCAUCACUCUAAUCCAAAUUGUGCCCCGCGACGUCUCAAAGCUGACCGGCAGAAUCGCUAUCAUAACCGCUGGUCGAGACGGCAAAUGGGCAAUCCAUCACGUCUUUCACAAACUCCAAGAUAGCAAGCUCUGUGUGACCCUCCAGACCAUACACGUAGGUAUGCCCCCAUUCGGCCCAAAUAUUGAGGGAGCGUGCGUCGAUCCGACGAGUAAGGAUCUUCUGCUUUGGGGGUUUCGGAGCAAGCAAUUUAUCGUGUGGAAUGAGUCACAGAAAACGGAGGUCAUGACGGUGGAUUGUGGAGGCGCUCACAGAAAUUACGCGUAUGCACACCGAAAUGACGGUAGUGGUGGUGGUAAUUUUGUGUACACAAAAGCUUCGAUUUGUCAUGUACUUUCGCAGACGCAAGCUUCUCAUCAAGUCAUCCAGCAUGGAGGACAUGGAAGAGAGAUCAAAGCUAUGGCUCUAUCACCGGCAAUCAAAACGGGCGACGAUGUUGAUCUUCGGUUCGUUGCGACAGGCGCAGAGGAUACGGCCAUUCGUAUCUUCGAUCUCAAUGCGAGACUCAAGUGCUUGAGCAUCGUCACUAAGCACACAACAGGCAUCCAGCAACUGCGGUGGUCUUCGAAUGGUCAGCUUCUCUUCAGCGCAGCUGGGUGUGAAGAGUUCUUCGUGUGGCGAGUGCAAUCAGCGCCGUUCGUUACAUUCGGUGUCGUCUGCGAGGCUCAGUGUCCAACCGUGACCGAGGAAGUGGAUUUGCGAAUCAUGAAUUUUGCGACAGAGGAGAUCCAUUCGACUCAUGACCCGGACGAUGUUCCAUACGAGCCUGAUUACCUCUUAAGUAAGGUGUACUCAGAUUCCUCGAUACGACUGUUUCGCUAUCAUACGGGCCGGGAAAGCUUCGAGCUCCUGACUGAAGGGUCUUACACGACAUACUGUCUCACCCAAGCCGCCCACCUACACAUCGGCGAAACCCUGAGCGGGCUUUGUACCGCCAGCACAGACGGUCAUCUGGCUUUUUGGCCGCUUGCAAACCCUUUGUCAUGGCACAGUGAGGAUCUGCCAACACGUCCUCCAUUGCACUGGAGUACGCGGAGUGGAGUCCACCAAAGCAGCGUGAAGGCACUGGACUCUGUGACCAUAUCGGAGUCAGAGACACUCAUCGUGACGGGCGGUGAUGAUGGCGCCGUAGCUUUUACCCGUGUGGGGAUCCAUAGCCCGUCUGAGGUGGUAUUUGAGGCUGCUAGUCUACUCAUUCCCGGCGCUCACGCAAGUGCGGUGACGGGUACUGUUUUCAUCGGCAAGCCCACUUCUGACAGGCAAGGUGAAAAUCCGAAGGGCUUCGUACUCGCGAGCGUGGGCAAUGAUCAACGGCUGAAGAUCUGGGAGGUCGGGAUCGACACGACGCAAGUGGGAGCGGAGGGUAUCACAAUCUGUCGGAUGGCGAAUGUUUACACCUCCAUCGCAGACGCCAGUUCCCUAGCAGCUUAUCGCGAUGCGAAUGGACGGCGCUGGCUUCUCGUGGCUGGAAUCGGCAUGGAGAGGUGGAGCAUUGGAGAUUAG